AACGCUGUUCUUUUGACGCUCUAUUUAUUCGACGGAGUGUUACUCCGCGAUGAGUUCUACCCAUCAGCCGCCGCCUCCUCCUCCUGCACACCUUCAGCAGACCAACUCCACCGUAGCCGGUCACUGGUGGCGGUUGCUGUUCCCGAAGGAUCCUACUUAGGUUCCUUCUGCUCGCGACGCCUUACGACGGAGCAGUCGCGGCCUCAGCGGAUCCCUAAUUCGAGCGGGAGCUUUCUUCGUUUAAAUUUUCCUUCUCGUUCUAGCGUGUAUAUAUUCCCAAGCGAAUCACGGAAUGCCGAGUUUUCCGCAGCCAGGAGUGGUCACUGUCUGUGAGAUUAACCGCGAUAUCAUAACUGCUGAGAGUCUUUCGGAUGAACUGGCCAAGGACACUUAUGGCAAAAUUUUGGGAGUGAUAUUUAGUCCGGUUCCUUUCCAACCCGAAGCCUCCAAUGUAGAGCAAGUAGCAGGACAGGAACCAAGUGAUGCUGCUCCAACAGGGGGUUUUGCUCGUUUGAAGGAAAUUGUGGCUGGGUACACUAAUCGUAUUUUCUUCCCAAAUGAAGUUAGAUACUCAACAAUGUUAAAUAUGCUGGCAGACAUUGAUACACAAAGAGUAAGUUGGCAUCCAAAAAGGCAUUGUCUAGCAUUUGUUUCUGGGCAAAAUCAAGUAACUGUAAAGGAUUAUGAACAUUCAGAUGGUAAAGAUCCAUGCUUUUUAACCAGUGAAUUUCAAAGAGAUAUCAAAACACUUGAAUGGAGGCCAAACAGCGGCAUGAUGCUCGCUGUUGGUUGCAGGGGUGGAAUCUGCAUUUGGUCUGCCUCUUUCCCUGGCAAUUCAGCAUCUGUUCGAUAUGAAAUUACCUCUUCUGUUAACAGUGUUUCUGGAGGUCCUGGAGUUCGAUGGAUCCUGGUAGAUUUUCUCCAAAGCUCUAACAGUGAACUAACAAGCAUACUUUCUUGGAGCCCUAAUGGGAGAUAUCUGGCCUCUUCCUCAUAUGGUAGUUCAUCAUUCACAGUAUGGGAUGUUUCUCAAGGUGUAGGAACUGCUAUUCGACGUGGAUUAGGUCCACUAUCAAUGCUGAAGUGGUCACCAAGUGGAGACUAUUUUCUAACUGCUAAGCUUGAUGGAACUUUCUACCUUUGGGAGACGAUUACUUGGACAUCUGAACCUUGGUCUUCAACCACUGGAUAUGUCACAGGAGUUGCAUGGGAUCCUGAAGGACGAAUGAUAUUAAUUUCCUUCUCUGAAUCUGUAACCUUAGGUGCAAUUCACUUUGCAUCAAAGCCGCCUUCUUUGGCUGCACACCUUGUUCCAUUGGAGAUGCCAGAAUUAGCCAGUUUGUCUGCCAGAGGCAUUGAGAAGAUGGCCUGGGAUGCUUCAGGAGAACGCUUAGCACUGUCAUUCAAAGAUGGCGAUGAAAUGUACAAUGGUUUGAUUGCUAUAUAUGACACUAGGACAACACCUCUUGUCUCUGCUUCGUUAGUGGGCUUCAUUAGAGGGCCAGGUGAAAAGCCAAAGCCCCUUGCAUUUGCUUUCCACAAGUUCAAGCAAGGGCCAAUUCUGUCUGUGUGCUGGAGCAGCGGAUGGUGUUGCACAUAUCCUCUCAUUAUUCGGUCUCAUAUUCUUCUUUGAUCAUCAGGGUGGACAGUCCAGCUUUGAGUUCCGAGUGCCUAAAAGUUGCUGAUGCACCAAACUUGAGGCCCUCUGUUGUAGAUGAUGAUAUUCUAAUGAAGUCCGCUCUGCUUGCAAAGAACUGGAUGAUGUGGACAAUUUUCUUCGAAAGCUUAUAGUUGCAAACGAGUGGUCGAGUAAAAUGCAUUUUGGGUUUAAAAUUCAAAUAUGUGGACACUGGUGACAAGUGAUAAAAAAGAUCUUUAUGACUCUUUUAUGGUCUCUGCUUUAGCAUUCUGCUCAUCUGUGACAAGGCUUAGUUGACUAACUUGAUCUCCGAUUAAAAUAAAAAGGCUUGAAUAAUUGAUGGAUU